AUGUCGACAUCAAAACCUGUCGAAUGGGUCAUUUCGUUAAUAACAAGAUUUGAAGAUCAGUUGCCGAUCAAAUGCGGGGAAUUAACGCCGUGUAUGCGUCUAAAUUUGGAACAAAAUAAGGAUUGUCUCAUAUCAUUGAGUAGAUAUAAAUUUUCAUUGGUUAUCAAUGGAUUAACAGACAUUUUGAAAACAAUCGAUUCAACACGUUUUGGUGGUCUUGAUCAAGAGAAGAAUAUUUAUGAAUCGUAUUUUAUUGUUUUGGAUGCCGUUGAACAGUGUUUAGCCAAUACAAAUAAUAUGGGUACAAGUCGUCUGGAUGAAGCGAUUUAUGUAAAUAAAUUAUUACCAGUUGUUUGCAAAUUAUUAAAUGUGCCCGGUGAUGGUGUGACUGUUCAGCAUGUUCGACAAUUAGCAUCACAUGUCUUAUUUGCAUUAAGUGUCAAUAAUUUCAGUACACUAUUCUCAAAAGUAGUUUCACGUUUGGAAUGUUUGAUUGCAUCGGGUGAUGAGACAUGUGAAGCUGGUGACUUGGAUUUAAUUCAACAUAUGAAUGUUGAUAUGAGCAAACUCACAAGACUUUUAAAUGAAGAAGUACAGAAAUGGAGAUUAUUGAAGAAGAUACAUCAUACGGAACUUGUUAAAAGUGUAGAAAAGGCAAUAUGGAAUUGGUUAGAUACAUACCCAGAAGAAUUUACUGAUUUACAAAAACGACCGAAUGCAGAGUUGAGUGAUAAUUGUGAAAAGUUAUUUGAAUUAUUGGAUAUGUUUCAAGAGAACAAUAAACGUAAAGUUCAAUAUAUAUGGCCUUUGCAAAUGAUGCUUUUAGUUUUGUGUCCCAUCAUUUUGGAAGAGUUAGUUUACUCUAUUGAAAGAGGGGGUCCAUGCUCACAAGAACAUUUAAGAAAGCGUAAUUUUAUUGAUAAUCUCAAGAAACAACUUCACUCAAAUGUAAAACAACAUAGUGAAGCAGCAGCUGUAAUCACAUUUGUCAAAUUGUGCAAAGCAUCGACCUACAUUAACAAUAAAGAUAGUAACAAUGUGUUGUUCGUCUCAGUACAAUCAGUUAUUGGAGAUCUAAAGAUGAUAUUGUUCAAUCCACAACGUCCAUUUUCACGUGGUCCGGACAAAAUCAAUCAAGAUUUAGAAUUGAUGAUUGAAUUUUUCCUCGCUUGUAUUCGUUUGAAUCCUCAUAACAAUGAAGUAUUGAAAGUGUGUUUAAAUUUACAAAGUCCGUCGAUGUUUCACUAUGUUCUUGUCAAAGCACUUUAUCGAAUUAUCACACAACGUCGACUACUAUGGUGGCCACAAAUCGAUAUUGUCUAUUCUAAAGCAGGAGAAUUGAGAAAUAUGUUUACCGAUACUUUGAAUAAAGUCAGUCAAUCUUCAACAUUUUCAACAACGCCAAUACGUAUAUCGGGCAUAUCGGGAGUAUCCACGUUGAAAGACAUUUUCUUCUCGACUCAACAACUUCGUUCGCAGUACACAAAUUUUAAACUGGCUAAAUCUGAUCGUGACAAAGAUCGUGAUCGUCAAUCAGAAACCGAUGGACCGAAUAAUCGUGAAUUAUUACUUUGGAUUGUUCGUCUAAUUAUUGUUGAUCCUUAUUUGAUGUUACACAAUCCAAAUAAACUUGAUCAUGAAACACAAAUGUCCACAUUUGAGUUGAUCAAUGGCCUAGUAUCACUCGUUCAUGAUUCAUCCAUGCCCGAUGUUGCUCAUACAGCUAUGGAAUCAUUGCUGGUUUUACAUGAAAAGGAAAAUAUUGAAUUAUGGAAUCCUGAAGCGUGUAUUAACACAUUUUGGUCAAUAUCUUCACAAGUCCUCUUCUCCAUUUCACAAAAAUUAGUUUUACAUCAAAUUUACAAUUAUACGUCAGUUCUUAAAUGGUUACGUGAAAUUUUGGUAUUAAGAAAUACAUUUUUGUUACAUCAUAAAGAUAAUGCUUACUUGGGUUCUAAUAUACCCAUGGCUAAACAUGCACACAUGAAAUUAGAAAUUGUGUUUUUCAUUUAUUUAUGGUCUGUGGAUAUUGACGCAAUUAAAACUGCCAUGUCCUGUUUCUCAUUGUUUUGUGAAGAAGCUGAAAUACGUUUUGGAUUCGAUGAAAUGGCCGUACUUCAACUAUUGCCUAAUUAUAACAUCUACAUGGAACUCUCACACGCGUCGAAUACAAUCACAUCGGGAAGAAAUGCACUUCAAAAACGAAUUUUAUCAUUAUUAAGAAAAAUUGAACAUGCUACGCAAGGAAAUAAGCAAGCGUGGUACGAUACGUACGUGUCGCAACAGAAUGUCACAAAAUUUCUCAAUGUUUAUCCAAAACGAGUGGAAGAUUUGACUGGUGCAUCGAGUGGUGGCAGUAGUGACAGUGGCGCUUACAAAUUUGGAAAGAGAAGAGCGGGUGUACACAGUACCGAACAUGAAGAUAUCUUCCAUGAAUGGGCAAAUAUGACUGGCUUUUUGUGUGCACUUGGUAGUGUUUGGCUCCCAGCUAAAAAUAGACCAGGUCAACACGGCAUACCAGCUGAUAGUCGUCGGACAUCGAUGGAACCUGUUGGUUCUGAUUUGCAUUAUUGUCCUGUCACACAAUUCAUUGGUGAUUGUCUGAAAUAUUUGGUUUGUAUGAAUGAACGAUUUGGUGUUCAAAUACAGCGUCACAUUCAAGAUUUGUUGGGUCAUGAAUUAAAUCCACUCUGUUAUCCAAUACUAUUUGAUCAAAUUAAAAUUACUGUCGACAAAUUCUUUGACGCUAGUGGACAGGUUAUCUCAUCUGAACAAAACACUCAGUUUAUCGAUAAUGUUAUUGUUAUUAUGCGUAGUGUGUUCGAAAUGAAAGUUGAAUCGGGCAGCACAGAUAAUCCUUUAGCAACUGUUAGUAUAGAACAAUUAAUGUUAAACAUUGUUCGCUAUUCUCGUCAUUUGGACACGUCAGUAGCUACAAUUCAAAUCCGUUCACGCGUAUGUCAGCUUGUCGAAUCAUUGAUGAAACGUCGUGAUGAUUUAUCAUUUCGUCAAGAGAUUAAAUUUCGAAAUAAAUUGGUCGAAUAUCUGACCGAUUGGAUAAUGGGCAAUUCACAUCAGUUUAAUGUUCAAUUUGGUGAUCAAUAUCAACAUCUAACUAGAGAGCUCGAUCAAGCAUCAAUGGAAGCCGUUGCAUCACUACUUGUUGGCCUUCCAUUGCAGCCGGAAGAAUCCGACAGAGGAGAUUUGAUGGAAGCGAAAUCACAAUUAUUUUUGAAAUAUUUUACAUUAUUUAUGAAUCUGUUAAAUGAUUGCUCAGAUGAUUUGAACGAUGAAGGAAGUGAUCAAGAUUUGGCCACAUCAGGUGGUGCGGGAACGCUUCUCCAACAACAGCAGCAACUGCGAACGAGUUCAUUGAUGAGUGCUAUAAGUCAAGCAGCAUUUAGCCCACUGAUGGGUCCAGGGCGAGCAUUUAAUACACAACAACUGGUAAAAUCACAGCAACAAUCAAAAACACAAUCAUUACGAAAUAGUACAAUUGUUGCCAUGUCGAAUUUGUUGAAUGCUAACAUUGAAAGUGGGUUAAUGAGAAGUAUUGCUUUGGGGUAUCAUCGUGAUCCAUUGACUCGGGCUGCUUUUAUGGAAGUUCUCACACAAAUAUUACAACAAGGAACAGAAUUCGAUACAUUAGCUGAAACUGUGUUGGCAGAUCGAUUUGAACGUUUAGUAGAACUGGUAACAAUGAUUGGAGAUAAAGGCGAACUACCUAUCGCAAUGGCCUUAGCCAGUGUCGUUUCCGUACAGUAUAUGGACGAAUUAUCUCGUGUAUUCGUGACCGUUUUUGAUGCCAAACAUUUACUAAAUCAGUUAUUAUUCAACAUGUUUUCAAAAGAAGUUGAAGUGGCUGAUUGUUAUCAAACCAUCUUAAGAGGAAAUGGUCUUCCAACUAAAAUCAUGUCAUUCUGUUUUAAAUUGUACGGUUCUCACUAUUUGUACAAUCUCUUUGCACCCAUAUUACAAAAAAUGUACAUGGCCGACUCAUCACAGUCUCGUUCGUACGAAGUUGAUCCAUCACGUAUCGAAUCCCAAGAAAACGUUGAAGAAAAUCGAAAAAAUUUAAGAUUACUCACACAAGAUGUAUUUCAAGCAAUCAUAACAUCAACAAAAAUGUUUCCGUCUCAGUUAAGAACACUUUGUUAUUGUCUUUACCAAGUAGUUAGUCAACGAUUUCCUCAACAACCGUUGCAGGCUGUUAGCACCGUCAUCUUUUUGCGAUUUAUUAAUCCUGCUCUCGUCCUUCCACACGAAUUUGGAAUUACUGAAGUUGAACCAUUGCCGAGAGUCAAACGUGGUCUAACUUUAAUCUCAAAAAUUUUACAGAAUAUUGCCAACAAUUUGAACUUCACCAAAGAAUUUCAUAUGCGAUGUUUUAAUGAUUUUUUAAAAUCGGCAUUUGAUACAGCAAUGCAGUUUGUCAUGGACAUAUCGUCGGAACCUGAUCAAGCAACAGAUAAUUUAAUAAAUAAUUAUACAAUGUCAUAUAUCAGCGAUGCAAAUGUCUUAGCUUUGCAUCGGCUGUUGUGGUAUCAUCAAGAGAAGAUUGGUGAUUAUCUCUCGUCUGGUCGUGAUCACAAAGCCAUUGGUCGCCGUCCAUUUGAUAAAAUGGCUACAUUGCUCGCUUAUCUGGGUCCACCUGAUCAUCGUCCACUCGAUUCACAAUGGAUUUCGUACGAUAUGACAUCGACCAAGUUCGAAGAAAUGAUGCAGAAAACACAAAUGCAUGAACGAGAAGAAUUCAAGAGUCUAAAAGCGUUGAACAUAUUCUAUCAAGCCGGUUUUUCUAAACAAGGUGAUUAUCCAGUGUUCUAUUAUAUUGCUCGUCGAUUUAAAGUAAAUGAAAUGAACUGUGAUUUACUUAUUUAUCAUGUAUUAUUAACAUUAAAACCAUUUCAAAAUAAACCAUUUGAACUCGUCAUUGAUUUUACUCAUACAUGUACGGAUAAUCGAUUCAAAACGGAUUAUCUGUCAAAAUGGUUUGUGUGUAUGCCUGAAUGUUUUUAUCAUCAUUUACAACAAUGUUACAUCUAUAAUUGUAAUUCGUGGGGAAGUCGAAAAUUGGUAUUUAUUGAUCAUAUUACAAAAUUGAAUGAAUUUAUCGAACUAGAUCAACAAAAAUUACCUGGUCACACGCUGUCGUUAGAAGAAGAUUUGAAAGUAUUUAACAAUGCUUUGAAACUAUCACAUAAGGACACAAAAGUGGCCAUCAAAGUUGGUCCACAAGCUAUUCAAGUAACAUCGUCAGAAAAAACAAAAGUUCUUGGUCAUAGUGUAUUGUUAAAUGAUGUUUAUUAUGCAUCGGAAAUCGAAGAAGUCUGUCUCGUCGAUGAUAAUCAAUUUACGUUGACCAUUGCCAAUGAAACGGGACCACUGUCUUUUAUUCACAACGAUUGUGAUAACAUUGUACAAGCAAUUAUUCAUAUUAGAACACGUUGGGAGUUGGCACAACCAGAAAACAUACAGAUUCAUAAUAAAAUUCGUCCAAAAGAUGUUCCUGGUACACUGUUAAACAUAGCCCUAUUAAAUUUGGGUAGUCUUGAUCCAUCCUUACGUUCAGCUGCUUAUAAUUUAUUAUGUGCAUUAACUCAAACAUUCGAUCUGAGAAUUGAAGGACAACUAUUGGAAUCAAGUGGUCUGUGCAUACCGUCAAACAAUACCAUAUUCAUCAAAUGUAUCUCGGAAAAACUGGCUCAAAAGGAGCCGCAUUUAACAUUAGAAUUUCUUGAAGAGUGUAUUGAAGGUUUUCGAAACUCAACUAUCGAACUCAAACAUUUAUGCUUAGAAUAUAUGACAAAGUGGUUACCAAAUUUGACACGAUUUUGUAAGCAGAACGAUGAUAAUAAACGACAAAAAGUAGCACAAAUACUUGAUAAGUUGAUUACAUUGACAAUCGAAGAAGACGAAAUGUAUCCAUCGAUACAAGCCAAGAUUUGGUCUAAUAUCGGUCAAGUAUCCGAUCUACUUGAUAUCGUAUUGGAUUGUUUCAUUAAACGAAGUGUGCUGGGUGGAUUGGGAUCAUUACAGGCCGAGAUUUUGGCUGAUACAGCAGUGGCAUUAGCCAGUUCAAAUAGUCUCCUAUUUUCGAGAAAAGUUAUUGGUCGUUUAUGUCGCCUUAUUGAGAAGACGUGUAUGUCACCGACUCCCACUCUAGAACAACAUUUAAUCUGGGAUGACAUUGCCAUUUUACUUCGUUAUUUACUUAUGUUAUCAUUUAACAAUUCAUUGGAUGUCGCUUCGCAUCUGCCCUUUCUAUUUCACAUCGUCACUCUACUUGUUUCAACUGGUCCUUUGACACUCCGUGCUUCGACACACGGUCUUGUCAUCAACAUUAUUCAUUCACUAUGCACUUGUUCACAACCAACAUUCAGUGACGAAACACAGCGUGUUCUACGAUUAUCGCUGGCCGAAUUUUCUCUACCGAAAUUCUAUUGUCUAUUUGGUUUGUCAAAAGUAAAAUCAGCGAGUGUCACUGCAUUUCGGACGGGUAUCGUGCGACAACAACACGCUUCAACUGGUUCUCUAUUACCACAACAAGAACGAACAAUGACAGCAGUGGUUGCAUAUUCGCCGUGUGAACAAGAACGAAUGUCAUUGCUGUCAUUGGAAACCAUCACCGAUACUCUACUCGAAUUGAUGGAGGCUUGUAUGGGUGAUAUUACACAAUGUGAAUGGUUAGCACAAUGGCAAGAAUUAGCCAAGAGAUUUGCGUUUCAAUUCAAUCCCGCACUACAGCCAAGAGCCAUUAUUGUCUAUGGUUGUAUAUCAAAACAAACAUCAGAUGCUGAUAUAAAACAAUUAUUACGCAUUUUAGUCAAAGCUCUAGAAUCAUUUGUCGACAUUGAUUUGAUUGAUUCGAUCAUUAUGUGUCUUACUCGUUUGUUACCGCUGUUAUCACAAGAAUCACCUAUUCAUAAAUUUAUGUUUUGGAUAGCGGUGUCGAUUUUACAAUUAGAAGAAACUCAAUUAUAUGCAAGUGGUUUAGCAUUAUUGGAACAAAAUUUACAUACACUUGAUCAUAUGGGUACUUCAAUUUUCGAAAUGGGUACACUAGAGAAGAUAAUGAUGGAUGCACGAGAACCAUUAGAAUGGCAAUUUAAACAAUUGGAUGCUAGUAUGGGAUUAUCGUUUAAAUCGAACUUUAAUUUUGCCUUAGUCGGACAUCUAAUCAAAGGUAAGAUAAUUAUAUUUUUCGUUUAA